UGUGUAAUCCGUUGGUUUGUUGUGCGAGAGGGGCUUGUCUUGAGGAAGAGGCCAGUAUGGAUCCGCCGCGGGAUAUUCAACGUUUUAAACGAAAUAUUGCCACUCGGUCCACGGUAUCGUCGUGUUCCUCUCUCGCUAUGGAGAUUAAGAGAAAGAAAAUAAGAGAAAGCUUGUUUUUUCAAAACGAGGCCAAAGACAGACAUAUGAAGCGAUGCACAAGUGUGAAUGACACGCAGCAGAUAAUAGAAGACAUGCAUUUGUUGUACAUACGACAGAUUUCUAAGAAACUAAAGGACUGUGAUAUUCAGGAGAAGUUGGAGUUUGAGAUGCGGAUGAGAGCUGGGGCUUACAAGCUUCUGGUUGCCAGCACUAAAAAAGAGCAGGUGUUGGAUGCUUCCAGGAGUCUGUUAACCUGUAAUGCCCAAAUUAAAGCCUACAUGAGUGAAGCCCAGAGGAGGAAGGAGCAGCAGGACAUCAAAAGGUCCUCAGACUCUCUGGACCAAAUCCCUUGUAAGGGAAAGGUAGCCAUAUCUGGCCUACGAGUUCCAUUGUUUUGGAAAGAUACAGAACAUUUUAACAGCAAAGGGAAUGUGCAGCGGGUGGCAGUUUUCUGUUUGAUGAAGAUUGGCUCAGAGAUUUUUGACACUGAAAUGGUGAUUGCAGAUCCCUCAAUGACUGAUAUUUGCUUUGAAGGUGUCAAAAUUUUCUCUGAAGCGAAGCCCGACUUUGAACUGACAUUUGAGCUGUAUAGCUGUGGACUGGAGGAGGAGACAACCUUUGUCAACACUCCAAAAAAACUGGCCAGGAAGCUGCGCUCCUCUUUUGGCAGAUCCUCAGGCAGGAAACUCUGCCCUCUUCUGGAUGGAGGAGAUCCAGACACUUUCCUCCAGUCCAACCCAAUACCACUAGGUGCUCGAUACUCAUUGUUGGCGUACACCACACUGGGUUUGGAGCAGGCAGAGGGAUCUUUCCAGUCUCAUUCCCUUAUAAUCCUGCAAAAUGUGGAGGCUUCGUCAUGGCUGCCGUUGUAUGGUAACUUGUGCUGUAAGCUGGUGGCACAACCUGACUGCAUGACACAAGACAUGAUGAGCGGAUACCUGAGCCAACAGCAAAGCAUUGAGGGUUUGCAGCGCCGCUGUAAGCUUUACUGUGUGCUGAAGGCCAAACAGAUUUCAUGCUAUUAUUCACCUGAAGAAAUCCAAGCAAAAGUGGAGCCCAGCCUCAUUAUUCCCAUAAAUAAGGACACCCGUAUUCGUGUGGUAGGAAAGGACCACCAGAGUACUGGCACUAGACUCAACCUGAUAAACCCGGGAAACGAAGACUCUGCCAGUCAUGUGUUCAUUACUGAAACCCCUGAUGUUUUGCAGGAGUGGCUGAACGCCCUCUGGCAGCACAUUUAUGACCAGAGUCACUGGCAACGCACAUGUGACAAGCUUAUGGAAAUUGAGGUUUUGUCACCACGCAAACCCCCGCUCUUUCUCACCAAGCAAGCUGACUCCGUUUAUAAUGAUCUGAGCAUCGGGUCCCCUGGGAAAUUUGAGAGCUUGACUGACAUAAUUCAUAAUAAGAUUGAGCAAACUGAUGGGCGCUUUCUCAUUGGUCAGGAGAAGGACACAGAGCCUCCUCAUUGGGCAGCACUGUUUGAAGGAUCCCGGCCAAUGGUGGUACAAAAAACGGUUCUGUCACCAGGUAAAGAAAGCAAUCAGUCUAUUACGAGUCCCGUCACGGCCAGCAAAAAGAAGAGGAGAGCACCUCCACCCCCUCCUGAUAAAUUACCGUUUGUUCAACCUACCAGCUUAUUUUCCAAUCAGGAGAAAGAGAACCGUAAGGCAGCGAGGCCUCGGACGGGGCGACCCUCGCUCGAUGCUAAAUUCUCUGCCAUCAUUCAGCAGUUGCAGAAGAGCCACACAUCCACUCGCAAAAAUGCACCCCUUGGACAGAUCGAGCCCUGUCAGCACCCUUGUGUUCCUCAGAAAAGAGAUGACGAGUCAGAUAUACCUGAAAAUCCUGGGAAAGAAUACAGUCAGGCCCCUCAGCCACCUGUGCCGGCCCCCAGGAACAAACUGAGGAUGUCAUUCAGAGAGAAGAUGAACCCAAAAGCCUGGUGAAUUAAUGAGGCGCGAGACAUCUCUUUGAUUAAUGAUCUGUUAUGGAAAGAUGAAAUGUCCUUGGAUUCAUAAGAAGAUAAACUCCCUCUUGUCCUUUCAUUAAUCAUAUCAAGGGGCCAAGAGAAUGUGGACGAGAAUGCUGGGAGUGAAUGUAUGAAUGGCCUACCUUGUUUGUUCUAGCUUGAACAAACACCCAGAAUCAGACAAAAUUUGCUACUUUUUGUAAAGUCUUACUAUUUUACUUGUUUUUAAAAUAACAGUUUUCAAUUUUCAUGACUUAAUGAUGACCCAGUUCAUUCCAAUCUUUAUUUACUGUUAAAGUCACUUGAAUAUCAUGUCCUAUAAAGCUAGUUGUCUGUAAUAACUACUCAUGAUGUAACCACUACAACCAAGCACUUUUGGCCGAUAAUGUCUGUAGUGUGAAAACAGGUGCAUGUUUUCUAGUUUUUCUUAAAAUAUGAGUAGGUGAAAGAACAUGCAUCAGGAACUGGAUAAUUGUUUUUGUGUGUUUUUUGUUUUGUUUUGUUUUUUUAGAUUUUAUACAGUUAAAACCUCUAAACAGGUAAAUAACAUUUCAACUUUUUUUAUUUUUCAUGUUAGACACUAAGGGUUUAAUCUUCAUACUGUUGUACUGGAUCAAGUAGUUAAAUUA